GUUGCCCCCUCUAACAAGGAAUCUCGAGCACAUGCCCGCAAAAUCUACCUCUAGACUUAGGAGUCUCUUGGAACUCCUAUACUCCUAGCUGUAUAUCUAAAGCUCAUCUCACAUUUAAAUCCAAAGGAAGUUUACAUGUUCUCAGAAUUUUAAAUGUAAUCCCAUACACCUAUCGGCUGAAGUUAGCUCGGCUUCGACUUACUUGCGUCUAUAACUAUACGUGCUCUGGUAGACUAGGAAAUCCGGCAAGAUGACGAACCCUACAACCGCGAUAGCUAUCAAGAACAACACGGGCUCGUCCCAGGCAUACGCCUAUAUCACCGGCCUAGACCUGAACAACAACAACGUCCCGCUGUUCAUCCAAGCCGAUGGCACGACCGUGUACCGGCCCUCAUCGCCGUCUGCGCCCCAGUCGGCUCUCGAAGCCGACGUCUCUAUCCCGCUCGGCGAGCCCGGUGCCUUGACCUCCGUCACGAUACCCCAGAUCGCUGGCGGCCGCAUCUGGUUCAGCACAGGCUCCAAGCUGACGUUCCUGCUGAACCCGGGCCCGGCCGUCGUCGAGCCUAGCGUGACCAACUCCGCGGACCCCAACUACAACAUCUCAUGGGGGUUUUGCGAGUUCACGUACAACUCGCAGCAGCUCUUCGUUAACAUCAGCUACGUGGACUUCGUGGGCCCGCUUCCCAUCGCCCUCGAGCUGCGCAACACCGCGGGCAACGUCCAGACCGUCCAGGGCAUGCCCGCGGGCGGGCUGGACACGGUGGCCGACAAGCUGACGCAGCAGAACGCGGCAGACGGCGCCGGCUGGGAUAAGCUGAUCGUGAAGGGGCCCGACGGCAAGACGCUGCGCGCGCUGAGCCCGAACAGCGGGCGCGUGGCCGACGCGAACUUGUUCCAGGGGUACUACGACGACUACGUCAACCGCGUGUGGAGCAAGUACGCGUCGACCGACCUGACGAUCAACACGCAGGCCUCGUGGGGCGACGUCACCGGGCGCGUGCAGGGCGACCUGCUGACGUUCCCGAACGUGGGCUCCUUUGCGAAGCCCAGCGCCGGCGACAUAUUCAGCUGCUCGACGGGGCCGUUCGGUAGCUACCCCGAGAACACGCGCGACCAGAUGGGCGCGCUGGGCGCGAGGAUCGCCGCCGCGUUGAAUCGCUCGACGUUGCUGGAUGAUGCGAAGCAGCCGGACGGGGAGAAGAUUGCGAAUUACUAUAAGACUAGCCCGACGAACCAUUAUGCGCGUAUUACCCACGAAGUCAACCUCGACGGCCGCGGCUACGCCUUCCCGUACGACGACGUGGUGCCCUCGGGCGACGCGGGCCCAGACCAGGCCGGCACCGUCUUCGACGCCAACCCGGAGCUGCUGACCGUGACGAUCGGCGGACCGACUUCAAACGGCGGCAAGGAUAAGGACGGCGGCGGGGACAAGACGAAGACCCCGAGCACGACGCCUGCUUGGCUGAGCAAGCUGAAGAGCUGGCUUGACGCGCUGAAGAAGAUGCUGCAUAUCCAGUAGGAGGGCUUGGUUGUUCUGCAUG